AAGAACAGCUGAUAAAUCAACGCAUAACCUCACAAAGGGGUUACACAACAACAGGAAUUUGUCAAAGUUUGAGUUAAAAAAAUCGGUGCUCUGGCGAGAUGAGCAACGCAAUCCUGAUCAGUCUGCGAGCAUCGAAGCCUCGAGCUGGUGUGGUGGCAAUAGUAAGCAACCCCGCCCGAAAUUUCGCCACUGAAGAUGUUGACUACACCAACUUGUCCCUGUACAAAAGGGGCUCCGGGGGCCGUUCCAGCUUCAACGGAAUUGUGGCCACGGUGUUUGGAAGCACCGGCUUCAUUUCCCGUUACGUGUGCAACAAGCUGGGCAAAAUAGGCACGCAGCUGAUUCUGCCUUAUCGCGGAGACAACUACGACCCCAUGAGGCUGAAAGUGGUCGGCGAUUUGGGCCAGGUGUACUUCCAUCCCUACAACCUGAAGGACGAAGAUUCCAUACGCAAAGUCGUCCAGUAUUCGAAUGUGGUGAUCAAUUUGGUGGGACGCGACUGGGAAACCAGGAACUUCAACUUUAAUCAGGUGCAUGUCGAAGGGGCGCGACGCCUGGCCAGGAUUGCCAAGGAGGCUGGCGUGGAGAGGUUCAUUCAUUUUUCUUCGCUCAAUGCGUCGGAGGACCCGAAAGGCGUCAUCUUGAAGAAUGGUUCAAAAUUCCUCAAAAGCAAAGCCUUAGGAGAAAUAGCUGUUUGGGAAGAGUUCCCAGAGGCAACCAUCUUCAGGCCGGCAGACGUCUACGGACAAGAGGACCGAUUUUUGCGGUAUUACUUGCACAACUGGAGGCGCCAGUUGCAAAACAUGCCCCUAUGGGACAAGGGCGAGAAGACAGUGAAGCAGCCGGUGCACGUGAGCGAUGUGGCGUCUGGCGUGGUGGCAGCCAUCCGAGACCCAGACAGCGCCGGAAAGAUCUUUCAAGCUGUCGGCCCCAAGCGCUACCUGCUGUCCGAGCUGGUGGACUACAUCUACAGAGUGACGCACAGAGACAGGGACAACUGGGGCUACAGGCGCUACGACAUGAAGUGGGACCCGUUCUUCCAACUGAAAGUCACCAUGACUCAGAAGCUGUCGUACAGCUGGCCUCUCGGCCACUUGCACUGGGAGAAGCUGGAAAGAGAUCACGUCACCGAUGACGUGAAAGCCGAAUUGCCCACGCUGGAGGAUCUGGGCGUGAGUCUGACCGCAGUGGAGGACCAGCUGCCGUGGGAAUUGCGGCCCUGGAUUUAUGGACAGUACCAUGGACACGAUGCCGACGAUCCGAUGAUUACGGCAACUCCACCCAAAGUGGCGGUCUAAGUCCACUUUUAUGUUGUUACGCGUGUAAAUUAUAAACGAUUAAUAAAGUCAUUUUACUUCUG